AUAAAGCAGCUCAACAUUGCACCGUCUGUUGUGGAGUUUCACCUGUUACAGUAACACGAGAUCUUAGCCAAAUUUGAUUAAACAAUUAGAUUUAUAUAUAUUGUUUUCUAAUAUCUAGUGCAGUCAACCCCCUCUACUUGGUCUAAUUGCCCAGAAACUGGUCUCCUUGCCUGGAAAAUGAUCAAGAAUCCCCGCGCCAACCCUGAUGAACCUUCAAUCCAAAAGCUCAAAUUCAAAUUCAAGCGCCCCAUUUUGUCAAAACCCCAACAAAUUAGCAUCCUCCACCUCCUAAUUUUCACUCUUCUUCAAUCCUCACCUUCACUAGCUUCCCUGCACCCAAAGCCGCCCCCACUCCCAAUUCUCCCAAUCCCAAGUGCACAGCAGCUCUCAUGGCAGCUAACAGAAAUGGCCCUGUUCCUGCACUUUGGAACCAACACUUUUACGGGCUCAGAAUGGGGUACAGGCCAUGUUGAUCCAUCAGUCUUUAAUCCCACUAAAUUAGAUGCCACCCAAUGGGUCAAAGUGGCCAAAGAUUUUGGCUUUUCUAAAGUUAUCCUGACUGCUAAGCACCAUGAUGGGUUCUGCCUCUGGCCUUCUGAGUAUACUGAUUAUUCGGUUAAGUCUAGUCCUUGGAAGAAUGGGAGUGGUGAUGUUGUUGGGGAGCUAGCUGAGGCUGCAAGAAUUGCUGGAGUGAAGUUGGGGCUUUAUCUUUCUCCUUGGGAUAGGCAUGAGUCUUGUUAUGGCAAGACUCUUGACUAUAAUGAGUAUUAUAUGGGGCAAAUGACUGAGCUCCUCACAAGAUAUGGUGUGGUGGAAGAGGUUUGGUUAGAUGGAGCAAAAGGUGAGGGGGAGAAGGAUAUGGAGUAUUUCUUUGAAGAUUGGUUUAGUCUUAUUCAUCAGCUACAGCCUAGAGCAGUCAUUUUCUCAGAUGCUGGGCCUGACACUAGGUGGGUGGGAGAUGAGGGUGGUUAUGCUGGGAAUACUUGCUGGUCCCUCUUUAACUGCAGUGCUGCAAAGAUUGGUGAUACUGAUCCAAAAUAUUCACAGGAGGGAGACCCCUUUGGCUGUGACUGGGUUCCUGCAGAGUGUGAUGUAUCAAUCAGGCCUGGUUGGUUCUGGCAUGCAUCUGAAGUUCCAAAAUCUGCCAGAACUCUUCUCGAUUUGUACUACAAAUCAGUUGGUAGAAACUGUCUUCUGUUGUUAAACGUACCCCCAAACUCUUCAGGCCUGAUAUCUGAUGAGGAUAUUCAAGUCCUUCGGGAAUUCAAUGAGCUCCGAAGCUCCAUAUUUUCCAAUAAUCUAGCAGAAGGGGGUCUUCUUUCUGCCAGCAGUGUCCGAGGAGGUUUAGCAGGUACUAGGUUUGGCCCUCAGAAUAUCCUUGAGAAAGGUAUCUUGUCUUACUGGGCUCCUGAUAAGCAGCAAGCAAACUGGGUAAUAUAUUUAGAUUUUCAAGAACAUGUUACUUUCAACGUCUUAGAAAUUCAAGAGCCAAUUCAUAUGGGGCAGCGGAUUAUCGAGUUCCAUCUAGACAUUUUAAAUGAGAAAGGACAAUGGCAGACGGUGAUAGAUGGCACGACUGUGGGAUAUCGAAGGCUGCUACAAUUUUCUAUAGUUGAAUCCUAUCACUUGAGGCUUGUUAUAGACAAGUCUCGAGGAGACCCUCUGAUUGCUUAUGUGGGAAUAUAUCUAGAUUCAUUUUCCAUAGUAGGAUAUGCCACUCAUAAAAGAUCUAAUUCUUUCUUCAAUAAAGCACUCAAGCCCUUCAGCAAGCUAAAGCUAUCCAGUUUCUAACUCUUUCCCUUUGUUUUGGCUUGCAUUUGCUAGAAUGUACAGGAGCUGAUAUUUUAUCACUAAAAGCUGCUGUUAAUUGUGUUGUAUAUCUAUACUUUUGACAAUUACUCAAGGAAAUCUCAUCUACUCUUGUGAAGUAA